AACCCCAGGGCCAAGUCAGAGGGAGCUCAGUCACUACCUCCCCACCGAGCCAGCUCCGCCAGGCACGGCCAGAGUGGGACAGAUUCUGGGAGCGAAGCGGGGAGGAGUCCUGGGUCGGCUGAGUGGGGAGCCGCUUGGCGGUGCCUGAGUCCAGGCCCCAGAGCCCUGCUGGAGAGGAAGCAGUCCUGGGAGGCAGGCCCCGCGAGGAGUGAGGCGGUGAGAUGGCAGACUGCUACACAGAGCUGGAGAAGGCCGUUGUGGUCCUGGUGGAAAACUUCUACAAAUAUGUGUCUAAACACAGUCUGGUCAAGAACAAGAUCAGCAAAAGCAGCUUCCGGAAGAUGCUUCAGAAAGAGCUUAACCAUAUGCUGACGGAUACAGGUAACCGGAAGGCUGCUGACAAGCUCAUCCAGAACCUGGACGCCAACCACGAUGGGCGCAUCAGCUUUGACGAGUACUGGACCUUGAUAGGCGGCAUCACGGGCCCCAUCGCCAAUCUUAUCCGCCAGCAGGAGCAGCAGAGCAGCAGCUAGAGGACCCCUCCCACCGCCCCUCCACGCCCAGCCCCUGGUACUCUUCCCGGGCUCCCCGCAGCCUCCUCCACCCACCCAGGCCCCCCUCCUCCCUCCUCCCUGCACGCCCCCUGCUGAACAGGGGAAUGGGCCCCUCCAGAGGGUCGUGGUCUGGGGGUGCCUCCCAAAGGGUCUUCGUCCCUGGAGCCAGCAGGCCCCGGGGGCCCCUCUGUGAGGCUUCAGGGCUGCUUGGGGUCCCUGCGAGUUUCCUGCUCAGUCCACCAACCCCUCCAGCGUCUGAUGCUCUGCCUGAUGCUGGGUGUCUCCUGACCUCUGCUUGGGGUCUCCCUGCCCCCCCGGAAGCAGGAGCAGAGGCCUCUCCUCUUUCUCUCAGCCUGUGUGCUGGGGACAGAAGAUUUCCAGGGACUGUGGGUCAGGGAACAGUCGAGCAGGGCUGCCCCCACCCCCGCUCCUGUUCACCACUGAUGCGGUGGCAAUAAAGGCUGGAUUUGGAGUUUGUACCCCCUCA